AGAGAAACUGUUGCACGGCAACUUUGCUGGUAGGUUUUAUUUUGAAAAUUGCCGUCGCAUUUGUUCCUCCAAUCGGAACGACAAAGACAGCAUUCCGUACCAUCAGCAAUGGAACAAGUUUAUAUCAAGCGGGGAAAGGCGGAGGAAAUAACAACGGAACAGGAAAAAAAUCAUUUCAGAAGAAGAAGAUGAAGUUGACGACGAUAGGUGACUUACAGAAGGAACUAUUGAAGAAUCCACAAUAUGGUAGACCGAAUGAGCAGAAACAGAACAAACGGAAAAAGAAUAGACGCACAAGGCAACGAGUCGAUGAUCCAAAACAGAAAUACGUGUAUGCUUCGCAACGAAGAGCAGCCAAUGCGGUCGAAGGGCACGACCUAGAAAAUAAAGCCAACGUACAAAAUAUUCCUAUUCUUGAGGCAAAGAAGAUGGGACUAACGAGUCCUGCAAAUCAACAUUGUGACGCAUUGGUAAAUGCUCUCGAGCCAGAAAUUAUGGGUCAAAUUAGGGUUGAAGAUGAUGGAAGUGGAAAUGGAGCAAGUGGUGCAUACGCGUAUUUGAUCAAUAAGCCUGCCGGUUGGUCUAUUUUAGGCGAAAAACAAAAGACCAAAAAGAAGCAACAGCUGACCAAUGCUGACCGAUCAACAUUCGAUGGUGCGAAAAGGAACAAAAGUGGUUCAAAGAAAUUAUCGAAGACGCGAGUCAAGAUAAAGGGAGAAGAUAACGACGUUAUUGAAUUCGAUGAAUCUGAAAUAAUGGCCUUGUUAACGCCUGAAGAAAGGGCUAUGGUAGAGGCGGAGAGUGCAACUGAUGGUAAUACUAGAUUUGACAUUCCCGGAUGGUACGACAUCGAAUCAAUGACAAGCUUGGAACGUGAAGAGGCUGGGAUUGAAGAUGAAGAUUAUGAUCCAAGUGACAUCCCAGACUUUGAUGAGGCAGAUAUUAUUGCACUGUUAUCUAAAGAAGAACGUGAAGAAUACGAAGCAGAUAAACUUGAACAGAAAAAGCAAAACAGUAAAGGGAAAAAGGGGACCAAGGGCGCCGAUAUGCAGUCAAAAUACAAAUCAAUGACCGAAGAGGAUGUUGAUGAAUCCGCAGUAGAAAAUCUGAAAAGAAUAAAGGCACGAUUGACAUCCACUAAAGAUGGAAGUGAUGCUGGCAGCUUCUCUUCAUUUCAGAGACCUUCACUCGUUUCGUGGCUCAAAGAUAAGAAAACUGCUGAAGGAAACCCAAUUCGAGGCGGUAACUUUUGGACUGCUCUAGCAGGUGCAACCGAUGUCGAUGAUUCUGGUCUUGUAUUGCUUUGUCCAAAAAAGAACACAGAUAAUCUCAUUGUUGAAUACUCUGAGUACGUAGCUGUUGUUGGAAAUGGAAAAUUUCUCGCUCCACAAGCAAAGAAACAAGCGAAAGAAAUCCCGGACGAUGCCAUUCAAUUAGAUAUGAUUUCGAGACUUCGGAAAAAUAGGGAAGGCGAUGUUUGUCAGACAGUACGAUUCAUCAUCUCGGAGCAUUUUUCCACGUGCUCGAGUGUUGUUAAUCGUGCUCAAAUGCAAUUUGAAGAUGGUAUUCGUGGAGAUCCUGGUGCUAAUCCGUUUGAUCGCAGAGCUCCAAGACGACUUAUUCACUGUAAUUCGAUGUCUAUUUCGAGCUUGACAUUUGAUGAAACCUCAGAGGCCGAGACUGGUAGUCUGCCUGAUGAUAUUGCGAUCCUUUCCAAUCGUCUAAAUGGCCACAAAUACCAGAGAGGAUCUUUUUUGGGUCGUCAAUCUCUACGUGCCAAUCCUCUCACAACUGCAUACAGAGAAAUAAAUGGAGCUGCCGAUGGCUUCCCUGGUUGGACGGUUGAUAGAUACGGCGAUUGGCUUUUUGUACAGCAUGACGAGAAGGAACCUCGUGGUCCCUUACCAUCGAUUCAUGAUGGAAAUACUGCAGGAGUGUACUUCCUUCCUGCCAACCAAGAUCGUGGUGCCAUGGGAUCGAGGGACAAAAUUAGACCUUUAUUGCUUGAAGGUCGAGCAGCUCCUGAAAUUGUUCCCAUCUUGGAGAACGGCGUGACUUACCAUGUGUCACUUGACAAAGAUCUUUCUACCGGAAUAUUCUUGGAUCAAAGAAUGAAUCGCGCUUGGCUCACUCGCAACUGCAAUGAAAACACGCACGUAUUGAAUUGUUUCGCACACUGUGGUGCCUUUAGUAUUGCCGCAGCUUCAGCAGGUGCAUCUACUGUUAGCCUUGACCUCGAAAAGAAAUGGCUGAACCGAGUCGAACCUCAGCUUGAAGCCAAUGGUGUCACCUUCAACGAGCGCCAUGACUGUAUUUUUGGUGACUGUUUUGAGUGGCUUGAAAAAUUUUGUAAGAGAGGUGAGAAAUUCGAUAUUGUUAUAUUGGACCCUCCAAGUUCGAGUGUAGGGAAAAAGAAAAAGCGCUGGAGUGUCAAUAGAGAUAUGGCCGAACUUGUUCAAUUGGCUGCCCCAUUGGUGAAAAAGGGAGGAUUGCUGUGGACAACGACGAAUAGUGCAAGUCUCCAUCCAAUUAAGUUCGCUAAUCUCUGCGAAAAAGGGUUCGAACAAGCGGGUAUUGAGACAAAACUUGAGCGCACCCAACCCAUGUCGGUUGACUUUCCUUCGAUCGGCGCUCCACCAGUCAAAAAUCUAGCUUGGAGAGUAAAGUAAAGUACGAAAACAAUUGUCCGCAGCACCGAACUCAAUCGUUACUAAAACAACUUUAACAUU